AUGGGAUCAAGUGACAAUGAUUUUGGUGGGGUCCCUGGGGCCAAUGAGGAGACCAGCUCUUUCGAGCCCCCCAGAGAUACCACUGUCCCCGUCCAGUUCGCUAUAGACGAUUGGUGCGCACCAGUUUGGAAUAACGACGAAGCAGAGACGCCUUCAAAUACUCGCUUAAAAGAAUUGAGUAUUCAAACAGAUCAUGGAGUUCCCAUGUCCAGCAAACAGGUACAAAGGAUAAUAUAAAAUGAAUGCAGGGUUAUUCUGCAGAUAGACGACACUCCUCAACACAGUCCAAAGAUUGAGAUUGUAGUCAUAAAACAGCCGGAAGAACAACAUCGCGCGAGAUAUCUGUCAGAGGGAUCGAGAGGCGCCAUCAAAGAUCGGAAUGGGUCUUCGCAUUGCACCAUUAAAGUAUGUUAAUGAAGAAGACGGAUCUUAAGAGUUUCCAUUUACAGCUACAAGGGUUUUAUCGUCCCACUCGAGUAGAAAUGUUUGCUGCAAAUGGGACAGGAGAUCUGAAUCCCCAUCAAUUUUACAAACUAAUACCUGUGUCAGGUAAAUCAGCGACGACUACUCCUUGUAAGAAAGUGGUGGCUCAUGAUGGAGUCGAAUGUUUGGAGGUGUUACUCCGACCCGAAAAUGAUAUGACUGCCAUGUAAGAACAAUGACUUAAGGCACCUUUAGCUUCUUACAUAUCAUAGAACCUUAGUUCGCGCUUAGAAUGCGAAGCUGAGUAUUCAGCAAUGAUUACCAAUGAUAGAGUGUAGCACGGACAAGCAGUCACACGGCAUUUCGUACGUUGGGACACUUUUCUUAACUAGUAGUGUUAAAAGGUGAUUUUUCGAUAUUUUCCUAAAAGUACUCGAUUUUUUAAAGUGGGAUUGAAAUGAAUUUAAUACACUUCCUAAUAUCAUAGGGUACACGAUGGAAUGAUUCCGGGACAGGUUAAUUCAAAAUCCGAGCCAGAUUGGCCAAAAAAUCGUCAGGGGUAUACUUUUGAAAGGGCCAAAAAUAUUAAAAUAGUUGCCAAGCUGAUAAUUUUUUUUCACGGGCUGAUUCCAUAUGGUAAUAGGUUUUUAGACAUGCUCUUUCGAAUUGCAUUAGCAGGUUUUUGGUAUCUCUUAACAAACCUUAGAUACUGCAAUUUUCCACAGGGUAGGUAUACUUUCAUAACGGGGUACAUAUGUAAGUGUGUGGAGGGCCUGGCUGGCCACCCCUGGUUUUUUCGGCUAGUCAAGCAGAAUGCCAACACUUUCCCUGUUUUUACACUUCCACAUUCACCACUUUAUCGAUAAGUUUUCAGAUUGGAUUGCAUUGGCAUCCUUAAGAUUUGCUCUUAUAAUAAUCGACAACGGCGCCAACGGCGAACAAACGCGAAUACUAAUGACUCAAGUGAAAAUUUAAAUGCCGUUUCAACGAGGAUUUGUUUCAGGGCAUACGUUUUGAGUGGCCAAGAGCAGGUCCAAGUAAUCAAGAGUUUCACUGAGCCCAUCAGAUGUGGUGAGCCCCCAUUUUCAUUCCAUAUUUAAUAUUUCAGUACAACAACUGGGUGUUCCCGAAGUCUUAAAGAUGUCGCUUAGCAAAGCACAAGCUUCUGGGGGCCAGGAAAUGUUCAUUAUUGGCAGGAAUUUUGAUCGGAAUACCACAGUUCUGUUCAGAGAGUACACUGACUGUAAGACCAUUACAAAAAUUGUAAACAUAUUCUUGCAGCCGGCACUCUUUGUUGGACAGCUGAAGCCGAGAUCCAGAAGCCGUUCUUCCACCAAUGUCACAUCGUCUGUUUGAUUCCUGAGUAUCCGAAUAAGUAUCGUGGAGGAACUGUCUCCGUUACGGUGAAAUGCGGCCAAAAGUACAGUCAUCCGAGCACGUUCAUCUACCUCCCAUGCGGUCAGUCGGUGAUUGGAACUCGCUGAAAUCCAGGGGAAUCGAGUCUAGACCUUCGAGGCUCGAUUAUUCUAACUUUAAGCGAUAAAACGUGCGAUUCCUUUCCGAUUUUAUGACUGUUUGUAUGUUUUCAGAGGAGCAAGAAGACGAAUGGUGUCCUCCCGGGUCUCCAAGGACCUCUAUCAAACGGUCUUGGUACCAGCGAUCCACUCAAUGGGACAAUAAUGCCGCCUAUGACAUGCCCUACUUUGAAUACGAGCUCAACAAUUCCAAUGGAUUCUACCCCACCUCAUACGACGAGACCUCCUCGGAUCAGCCCGGAAAGAAAUCUCGAAAAAUAUAG